UCCUGUGAGGCGCAGAGGGGAGCCGCAAGAUAAGUCUUUCCUUCCCCCCCAAAUGUCAAUACAGGGCAUGGGGAGGGGACCCCCACUCUCAGCUCUUGUCUCUCUUUGCAUGGGGUGAUUUGCAUACAUGAAUGCCAAAUAAACUAGUAAAUAAUUGGAAUUGCCCAGAUAACUGUUACCCAGAUAGGUAUUUGGUGAGAAAUGGGCGCGUGCCAAACAUUGCGAGCACGUGGCUUCCCCCACCCAAAGAAUCCUGGAAACUGUAGUCUACCCCUCAAAGAGCUACAAUUUAUUUUAUGUCGAGUUACUGUGACAUGUUUAUCCCACCUUUCCUCCAAAGAGCUGAAGGUGGCUUUUAAACACUGUUCUGGUCCUCCCAAUUUUAUCCUCACAACCCUGUGAGGUUGAUAAACCUCCGCCUCUCUGGGUGUUUCCCCCCAUUUUCUUUUUGACAGAAUUUCUUAUUAUUUUAUUUUAUUUAUCACACUUAUAUCCCACCUUUCCAACAAACAGUUCAAAGUGGUGUGGUUCUCCCUCUCCUCAUUUUAUUCUCACAACAACCUUGUGAGGUAGGUUAUAGGCUGAGAGACUGUGACCGCUUUAGUGUCACCCAGUGAGCUUCAUGGCCAAGCUGGGAUUUCAAGCCUGGUCUCCCAAAGUCCCAGUCUGACAUUCUAGCCACUACGCCAUACUGGCUCUCUAGCACCCUUGGCAAACUACAGUUCCCAGGGUUCUUUUUUGGUGGGGAGUAAUGUGCUUUAAAUAUGUUUAAAAGACUUAAGCCUGCAGUUAUCCUUCCUGAUAUUGACCCCCACUGAGCACAGCAGCUUUUAUUCCUGAGUAUCACCCACAAAAGUUACUAGUCCACAGCGGUUCUCCUUAGCCUGCAGCUGAUAGUGAUUUUGCUUGACCGCUCGCUGCUAGGUUUGCUGUCUGUAUAAAGCACUCUUGCAAAUGAGCUACACUGAUUUUUUCCCCUUAGAAUUCCAAGUCAACACCGGCGACGAGAGUGGUAGUUAUCAAUAGAGAUGAAAUCACUAAAGCUUUUUCAAGCAAACAUAGAUUUAAAAAAACUAUGUCUCUGGGCGCCUUGCUGAAAUGGAAGGGCCAUAGUCAGCGGCAGAGCAUCUGCCUUGCAUGCAGAAGGUCCCAGGUCCAAUCCCCGAUGGCAUCUCCAGGUUAUCCUUCAUCACUGUUUUUGCUAACUUCUCUCUCCCCUCCACCACUUGAGGAGUGAUAUUCACCCAAGCACUCAAAGCAGACGUUUUAAGUUAACCUAGGGGAGGGGAAAUCUGCUGCAAGCCAAUCCGGAACCCAGGAGUGCUCUGCAGCAUGACCUUGGUGGGGGUGUCACGUGUCGUCCCCAGUGGGAAAGUCUACAGACAGAUCUUUGAUGAUGAGAUAAACCUCGUGCGCACUCUCGGAGAGGUGAGGAGCAAGAGAGCACAUCAGAAGCUCCCCCAGAUUCCAGGAAAGAUUCCGCUGGUGAGGGAUGUGGAAACCUGCUCAGGCCAUGGGUUUUUAUCGCACCGUCAGCAGACAUGGGUCGAGGGGAUGCCCAACGAUGACAUCACUGAAAAUCCGGUGCAAUACAAAGAAGCUGCAACUGUGGCAUUUCUAAAGGCUCAAGAAAGUGACAAUGUCAUCGCUGCCCGGGAAGUCAGAGGCCUGGCUGAAGUCAUUAUUCCUGAGAAGAAGAGCAGCAACAUCAUUGAACGAAUCUCAGAGAGCAGGAGGUGCCGUUACGAAGAAACCGUGGAGACACUAAGGCAGGACUUGGCGCAUGUUGGGAAGGAAAUGGAGCUGUGCUUUCUGGAGCCUGGGAGGCUGUUUUUGUCCAAGCUGUCAGAAUCUGAUCAUACCAUCGAGUCCCUUUUCCACGUUUCCGACGACAACACCAGCCUGGAGACUUACACCAUACAAGACUUUGAGAACAUGUGGAACCUUGUCUUCCAAGAGACCUUGAAAAGGAGGCAGUGGAUCCGAGAGCUGGACAAGGCCUUGCGCAAGGCAGAGGUGGAUCGAACUGAACGGAUCAAAGUCUUGCUGAACAAAUAUACCAAGAUUCUGGAAGACAUUGCCUAUUUCUUAUCCUCUGAUGUCCACAGGUUCAUACACAAAGAAGCCAUGAUGAUAAACCAAGCCCUACUGGCCAACCGGAGAGCAUUAGCCAGGCUAUUCAUUAAUCUGAUGGAAGCGGACCUGAAGAGAGAUGUCUUUCAUCAGCGCAAGCUGGAGGAGAAAAUGAUGACCUGGAGAGCCAUAAAGAAGCAGAAAGUAAUUACCAGUUUCAGGCAGUUCAUGGAAAGCGAAAAAAUCCAGAGCCCAAGCGCUGUGAAGUCAGAGCUGGAAAACAUGCUAAAAGACCAGUUAUCGCUCACCGAAAAGAGAACAACGCUCUUAUACUCUCUGGGCAAUUUGUUGUCACAGAUGCAUUCUAAGGCAGAGAUCAACGAAUGGUACGAAUCUGUUGUGGCUUUAAAUAAGCGGAUUGAUACCCACAACGUCCAACACAUGAUGAAAAUUCGCCUCCAGUAUGAGAAAGUUUGCCAGGAGUGUCUGUCAAAAGUGCAGGAGUGUAAGCAAAAACUGUUGGAUGAGAAAAUUUGCACAGAGAAAGAGGCUGAAAAUAUUGUGAAUCCCAGUUUCUACCAGCUGGUUGGGAAGUUGCAGAGUCGGUUUGAACAGGAAGUGGAAAUGAUGGAUAGCUACUUGGAGCACAUGGUUAAACACACGGAAACCAACUGCCGGAACCUCUACCAGUACUUCCAGGAUGCUUUGGUUGUCUUGGACACUCACCACCAGAACCUCUCUCAACAGGAGAAUGAGCUUCACAACAAAAUGAACGAUUGCCGGAACAAGCAUGAAAAUUUGAACAAGCUGAGGGAAGUUCACCUGGAUAUGUCCGUGGACAAACUGAGGACCCAAAGCUCCGAUGAGAAGCUGAAGUCCCAGCUGGAGAAGGUUUAUGCUGCUUUGGACUCCAUUCGAGUUGGUUAUACAACCUUCCAUCAAGACCUCUUGGCCAAGGUAUCAGCUUACCCAGAUAACAUUUUGCGUGAGCUGAUAAGUUAUAGCACCUUGGUCAGCCGAUAUUUUUACGUGAAGGAGAUCUAUAGGGGGAAGCCAUUAAGGAAGCCAGAGGCUAUGUCUGAAGAAGAAGCCGAGAUGUCCGAGGAUGCCGAAGAAUUGGAAGAAAUGGAGGAGGCCACGGAGGGCACCCUAGAGCCCAAAAUCAAAGAAGCGGAGGAGGAGGAAGAAGAAGAAAAACAUGUAGAGGAGAACACGGACAGAACCGCUGAAGCCGAUGAAUCCGAGCAGAUGGAGAAACAGGGAGAAACGGAGAGCUCUGCUCCCGAAAGCGACGGGGCAGCUGUCCCCGGAGAUGGGGCCAGUUUGGUAUUGGAAAGCGAUGAUGUUGAAAAGUCCGACGAAGGGAGCAGUCCUGUGCCAGAGGUGGGGGAAAUCCAUGAGUCAGAAGACGCUGCAGCACCAACAUUGGUGAGGUUCUCCCGCACACCGUUACACCUGAUGGAAGUGACUCUGGAGUUCUUCACCACAUCCAGUGGAAACACUUACAAUGUGAUUCAAAACUUUCGGAAGUUUAAAACCAAGAAAUCUGAGAAAUAUUACACUGGACAACUGAAAGGCAAUUUCCUGCCCCCCUACCUGGAGGAAGUAUACCUCUCGGAAAGUUUCUUUACAGAUGUGAGAAGACAAAUCCGACUGCAGUUUUUUGAGCACCUGGAGAAUUCUUUUGCGGAGACCUUGUCCAAGGCCUGGGUCAUCGUGGCUGCCAAGAAGGAGGAGAUCAGCUCAGAGCUGCAGCUGCGCAUCCAUCUCCACGAGCCCAGGCAGCAGCGCAUCGAGAGGGACGUUUACCAUGUCAGGAUGGCGGAGCUGCGUCUUCACAACGAGCGCUUGAUACGCCAUUGCACUGGCGUGGUGGAGGCCCUGAACAGCGAGAAAGCCGCCUUCUUCAAACUUCGAGUAGACCAGAACCACGUCAGCAAAACCUUCCGCCGCCGGAUCCAAGACAUGGAGAACAUCUUCCUGACGGAGAGCAGAGCAGAAAAGUUGAUGACUCUCAGCAACAAUCUGCACAUGGAGCUGAUCAACCACGUGGAAGUGAUGCAACUUUCGCUGCGGAGCUACAGGCAGUACUUGGAAGAAGCGUUGGGAAAACUGCGAGACGCAAACACUGACUUCCUUAAAGCAUGCAGAUUGUUUGCCAACGGGGGGAACUUUUCCCCUGAGGAGCUAGAAGCCUUCAUGAAGUGUCUGCAGAAGGAGAAUGGCCGCAUCGACUUCGUUGAAGGCUUGAUCAUGAUCGACCUGGAGAAGAUGGAGUCCAAUUACUUGGAGCAGGCUACCGAGGUUAUCAGCAAGUUUGAAAGCAAGUUUCAUUUUCUAGCGCUUGACCGAGUCUUCAUAGAGAAAAUUCAACGAUUUUUGACAAACAUUCAAGUGAAAAUCAAGUCAGAGGUGGCAAACUCCAAUUUCCAGACCCAAACAUUAAACGCCCAUCUGGAGAAGCUCAUGAGCAGGAUUGAUGCUUAUGCCCAUCCCAACGUGGAUAAGGAAUCCAUGACUUCAGAAGUGCUCUAUGAGUUCACCAAGUUUGUGAUGGAAGAAGUGAAAAAGAGAAGCAAGUAUCUCAAUUGCCUGCUCUUCCUGGAGCCUGCGUAUUCCUAUAUGCAAGAGACCACCGUACAGAGCUCUGGCACAACCCCCAUUCAGUCGGACAGCUUGCUGCAUGAUGGCAAGGUGAUGGUGAUGGGUAUCGAAAGCACGCCGCUGAUGAACCCAAGCCGGAUGGGCAAGCCCGCCUUUGACGAUGCGGCGAUCAGUGUGAUCAGGCACCUCAUUGGAGUUCAACGCGUCAGAAGAAUGCAGGACAUCCAGCAGGACAAGGAACCAGGAGGAGCAACCCCUGGCGGAGGGGGCCAUCGCAGUAGCCUCCAGGGCACCCCGCCCAACGCGCCUGGCGGAGGGGGCCAUCGCAGUAGCCUCCAGGGCACCCAGCCCAAUGCAUCUCUCGCAUCCAUGCGAAAGUCUAGUUCUGUUGGCAAACGGAUAUCAGGAAGCAUGAGCUCCAUUCAGAAAUAUACCAAAAUUACUCGGAAUGAAAAGAAGCUGCAGAUCUUUGGAGACAAGCCGAAAGACAAUGAUUCCGAACAUUUAAAAGGGAUUAUCUUUGGUACCUUGUGGGACAACUUUGAUAUUAUGAUGGGUGUUGCUGAGGACUUCUACAAAAAGGAUAAGCAUCAGAUCACUAGGCCAGAAUUCCUGCAAGAAACCUACGACCAAUGUAUUGACGUGUUGGGCCAAAAACUCAUCGCAUAUUUGCUCCAAGUAGAUGAGUACCGCAUCGCCUGCAUUUCUGAGUUCCGAAAUCAGCUGAAGAAGUUUGAGGAGCAGCUCCCUCACGUCACCCGGCUGAUUGUCGGCAAGCAUCUCAGAGACCAUGAGCACCGCCUCAGGGAUGCUACGGAACAGAUCCGGCACAGCCUACAGGACCAACUGCAAAAAUGGGACAUCGCAAAGGACAAAAACAAGAACAGGCUGCGGCCAAGUCUGGGUCACCCUGACAAUCUACCACAGCUGGAGGCUCUGUGUCAGGAGGAGGAAGAAAGGCAGAGAGGUCAGGCCGAGGGGAUCCGUCUCUGCACCAAGCAACUGGAGGGCUGCGUCAUUGACUGCGCCCAGAGAUUUGUCUCCACGCUGGCUGCCUCCACCGAAAAGAUGCUUGUGGAGCUGGACGACUGCCUCACCGUUGACGACGUGCAGCAGGGAAAAGUGGAGAUCCCCAGGGAGAAGACCUGCACUUUGAUCCGUCGCAAGAAAGCUGGCCUUUCCUUAGAAAUGGAGGAAUCUAAGUUGGUGGCUGAACGGGGAAGCAGGACCUGGCCUGGAAUCCCAAGGACCACCCUGGUGGGUCUCCCAAAUAAGAUUAUCUGCCGAGAAACCGCUACCCUGACGACAGCCAAGACUACUCUGGGCCAUGUAGCUGCAGUGGAAGAAAGGGACGCUGUUUACGUGAAAUUCAAGCAACUGCUGGAGGCAGAGUUUGCCAGAAUUAAGGAGGAGAAAACAGCCCUUCUGAUGAAGGCCCAGCACUGGGCAGACUGGUGGAAGAAGUCUGUACAGAAGAUCAAGCAGCUAUAUGCAUGAGUCCACCACACCUGUCAGUUUCACACGUCUCAUUUUCCCCUUUGUAGCAAUAUAUUUAUUUUUUCUCCCAGUAAAAAAAAGAUA